AUUUUAAUUAAAACUAAACUUUAUAAAAAAAUAAAAAUGCAAGGACCAUGGAUUUUAGACCCAGACUUUUCAGUAUCUGAUAUUAAAACCUCAUCUGACGGCCCAACAAUUAUCAAAGUUGAAGUUGAUGAAUAUACUCUUCAAUUUACAAGUACAUUCACUCAACCAGAAACAUAUGAGGGUAAAAAACCUGAAGAAAUCUCUCGUGAUUUUAAAGGUGGAAGGCUAACCGUCCUCAAUUUAGGAAAUACACCAGUAAAAUUUUUCAUUAUUUAAACAGAUUUUAAAUUAUUUUUUUAAAUUAAUAAUAUAAUUUAUUUUUCGAUUAGUUCAAAUAAUAAAUAAAUUAAUUUAUAAAAUAACAAAACUAAACAAUAAACUGCCUAUAUAAAAAUUUUAUAAAAUUUG